ACAUAAGUGUAAGCGCUGUCGAAGCUAAUGUUGUUACAUGAAACAUGUUCAAGUAUAUAUGAUGCACAUACUUCCUUUUUCUAUUGUAAAAUAGAAUAGUCAUCAUUUACUGCAUCUCUUUAAUGCUGUAGGUUAUUGCCGCAGGAGGAAAAAGGAACAGCUGAACACAAACAUUGUUACAAAGCUCGAGCUUUGUACGACGGGGAGAUUGUGUACGAGUUUCUUGGAUUUCGGAGAACCUGUGACAAGAUCUUCUUGAAUAUGUCGUGUGUUUCAACGGAUUCUAGUGGGAUGUGGUCAUGAUCAAUACGAAUUUGUUGAUUAGGAGGUAGCAAAGUCGAAACCGAAGAUUCCACGACCCUUCAAUUCCCCGGCACACAUUUGGAAGUAAAAAAUGGCCGCCGAAGGACACCAGGCCUUCAGUAUUUCGUGGUGUAUUCGUGCCAUUGCACUAUGGCUUCUACUCAGUUAUGGACACUGCUUCGAAAUGGCUUGUAUAGAAGUGAAAAGAGCGUUCACGGAAAAGGGUUUGGAUGGGGAUCAAGUUCCCUUGCGUCCCGUUACAGGAGCCUCCCUGGAGAUCUGCCCGAAGCAGCAGACAUGUUGUACGAAGGAGAUGGAGGAGAAGCUCCAGAGUCUCAGCAAGAAGGACCACACCAGGCAGCUGGAGGAGGCCUACAAGAUCAUCAGGCUCACCUUCUCGUCACGCACACGCAAGUUUGAUGAAUUUUUCACGGAAUUGUUGGAUAAUGCCAGAAGAGAUCUACACGAAAUGUUUGUUAAAACAUACGGACUGCUAUACCAACAAAAUGCACACAUAUUCACAGAUCUGUUUGAUGAUCUGAGGGGAUACUACAAGGGCAAGGACAAAAACUUAAAGGACGUUAUGGAUAACUUUUUCAGCAGACUUUUACAGAAAAUGUUUGAACUUAUAAAUACUCAAUACGCCUUUGACGAAGAAUAUAUGGCGUGUGUCACAGAUCGCAUGGAUGAAUUAAAACCAUUCGGGGAUGUACCUGCGAAGUUGUCCAUUCAAGUAAGGAGAGCAUUCAUCGCAGCUCGAACAUUUGUGCAGGGACUUGCGAUUGGACGGGAUGUCAUCAUGAACGUCAUGGAGAUACCCGCCACGGAUCAGUGUACCCGAGGGCUGAUGAAGAUGAUGUACUGCCCGCACUGUCAGGGGUUGGUCAGCACCAAACCCUGCAACAACUUCUGCCUCAACACCAUGAAGGGCUGCCUCGCCUACCAGGCCGACAUCAACAAUGUGUGGAACGAGUAUAUUGAUGCCAUGAAGAUGCUGGCAGGUCGUCUUGAAGGGCCGUUCAACAUUGAAUCUGUCGUGGAUCCGAUCGAUGUCAAAAUAUCCGACGCCAUCAUGAACUUGCAAGAGAAUGGUCAACAAGUCUCUGCCAAGAUAUUUGCUGGUUGUGGUACCCCCAGACUCGGUCGCAGGAAACGUGAAGCCGAGAACUACGAAUACACCUUUGAAUUCAAACCCAAUCGAGCAGCUGCACGCCCAACGACAGCAGCUGGCACCAGCCUGGAUCGACUUGUACGAGAUAUUAAAGAACGUGUCAAAAUGGCAAAGGACUUCUGGGUACAACUUCCCUACACCGUGUGUAACGAUGAAAACAUCGCAGCUUCACCGAUGAAUGACAACGACUGCUGGAAUGGACAAGACCGAGCAAAAUACAUACCUAAUGUCCAGAAGGAUGGAGUGACCAAUCAAAUCAACAAUCCAGAAGUGGAAGUGGACGUUACCAAGGCCAACACAGUUGUAACCAAUCAAAUCAUUCAGCUUCAGCUUAUAACCAAUCGUCUCAGGAGUGCAUUCAAUGGACUUGAUGUUGAUUGGAUUGAUACAGAUAUCGAUGGCAUGAGUGGCAGCGGCAGCGGCGGCGGUGAUGAUGAUGAGGACACCCACGGCAGUGGUUCAGGAGGCGGUUACGACCCACCUUCCAUCGGCGAUAACAUCGACAUUGAUAAUAUUCCCAAAUCGAAUGGUGGCAGGAGGAAAACAACAAAGAAACCGCCACCCAGUGUCAACGGAGGGAAACCAAGGAAGCCGACGAGGCCCAGCGACCCCACGACGCCGGAUGACUCAGGCUCUGUGGUGUAUACCGUUUCAGUGUUUACGUUAGUGAUGGUGAUGGGAGGACAGGUAGUGCUUCAAAACUUGUGGUGCUGAGGAGGACUCUUCUGCAAAUCCUGACAGAAUUUUCGAUUAUUUUGGUUGUCAAAAAAUCCACAACAAACGAAAGCAAUACUGUCAACAUUGUGCCUAAACUAUUGUGUCUGGUGCUCUGUACGGGCGGGUGUGACGUACGGACAUUUGUACGGAUAUCGGGCGUCAAUCUGGACAUUCUAUGCUGGGUUGGUUGUAGGACGUGAUAGCGAGGACCCCUUCUCAUUCAAGUGCUAAGUGAUUGAGUUGACUAUAAGGGCUGAAUUGCGAAGAUCAAAAGGUGCGCCAAAAAUGUACAAAAUCUGGAUAAAUUUAAACAACAUUGUGCUGUGAAUAUUUUUCCAAUUUUUUUCGAGUCCUAGAUUGUCCAUGUGUUAUUAUUCUAGAUGACCGUGUAUAUGUGACGUUAUAGGACUAGCCGUUUAUUAUGCAAAUGAGGCACAAACCAAUAAUGUGAGUGAUGUUUGGGAUUGCAACGAAGAUGUUGUCGAUUACGAGGAGUAUGGUUGACCCAAGUCCACCACUGCAGAUGACGUUGAUGGCGUAGCCCUAAUGUGGAGGAUGACAGAGAACUGUGGUCACACAAUUCUGCCGUUUUCCUAACGACUUACUAAGACAAUCAUCUUCCUGGUUGUACAGUGUGUUAGUUACCAACUGGUGUAUUAAAAGGCAAGCUCUUCCAACCAAUCUACUGACAAACAGCUACAUGUGGAAAUACUUCUACAGGGGAGAACAACGGAACAGCCAACUACCUCUGACUAUUCUCAACUCAUUAGUCCUAUUGAACUACUCAGUCAAUUAAGAUCAAAACGAAACCCAUCGGAGCUUGCCUGGCGCACAGAACCAGUUAGACUUGGCCACAAGACCUCAUGUUUCGAAAAGGGCAUCUAUGUUUCCAUGGCAACCUGUGUCCAUGGUAACAGGGGAUUAAGUUGCUAUAUACCCCACCACAUUUCUACAACAAUGAUAACUUACCUCAAAGGGGGUGGGGAGCAUUUAUGUAAUGCCGAGACCAUACAUUUAUUUCAUAUAUGUUUAUUAGUUUCUUAAAUGGCUUUACAUGUAUGUUUUGUAUGUCAAUGAAGACCACACACAAAAAAAUCGGGUAAUUUGCAUUUUUUAUCCCUUUUAAUUUUACAACCUGUUAUGAUAAUUCAAAUCCUGAGGAGUUAAACAGCAUUAAAUUGUUAAAAGAAUGAGUUUUUAAAUCCUAAGGUAUAUUUACCUAUGUAUUGUUCUUGUAUGUAUAACGUGUAUAGUACCUAUAGUAUUCAAGGUAAUGUGAAGGUGUCCGUGUGUAUGGAGGUAGGUUUAUGAUAUUAUACCCAUGUGGGGUGUCACGAUACACGUAACUCUCCAAACAAUCCAUGUCACAAAUAGUCGUGGCGUGAUUGCACCUCGGUCUAGUUGCAGAGUCAACAAGAUUUAUCUAAGGUCACUUUCACAAGUCAUGACACUCUGAAUUAAAUUUAAUAUGAUCGAAAAAUGCCUAUGACAAAAAUUAAAAAAAAGAUUUGUAAAAUUGAAUUUUUUGCUUUCAUAUUUUUUUGAUUGAUGAAAGAAAAGAAAUAGGAUGGUUAUAGAAGUCGACAAUAUUUUGGAUCGUGGCGCCCCUACGGCCAUCAUACAAGUGAAAUGGAACCUUUGCUACCGGGUAUUAUGGUAACAAAUCAUAUAGGGUCAUUCUUUAAAUAAUUGGUUCACAGAUCUACUGAAAAAGAAAUACGAUCGAUAAAAAAUUCAUUGGAAAGGCCUUGAAAUCCACCUUAUGUAUACUUAUGUGUUCAAAACAUGGAAUACAUUAAAGAGUUAUGGAACACUGAACACAUUGUCAUUAUAUAAUUCUAAGAGAAAAACUGAAAUGUCAUAACCUACCUGACCUGGAUUUUGCACACAAAAAAUCUGUAAACCAAUUAUUUAAAAAAAUUAAGGCCUAAAUAAGUAAUAUGUAAGAAAAUUAAAAUCCUUUAGAAAUGCCAGUUAAACAGGUCAAUUAAAAUCUUGUGUUUCAGGUAAUGUGUCAUUGAUGGUUCAGCAGAUGGGUUAAAGACGAUUAGUAAUAUUACAUGUUACAGGUGUAAUAAAAUGCUUCAGGUUGCAGGUGUUAUGACUGGAGAUUUACGUUACCUGAACCACAAAUGACUAAAUCGUAACCAGGCAUUCAUUGUGACUAGUUUCAAAGUAUAAGUUGAUUGUUUGUAACCUGUCAUCAUUAGCUACUUGAUUGUGUAUACAGAUUGUGGAGCAUGGUUUUGUAAUGUGUACUACACUAUGCUAGAAUGAAGUCCAUAGAUAGGCAAAACUUGCUACAUGUUGAUUAAAAUUUAGCAAGGGAACAUGUCAAAAGUUCUUUUGUCCUAAAAUUGAACAAGGAACUGUGUCAAAGCUGUUUUUUUGUCAUGAAAUUAAAAAGGGAAUGUGUCAAAAGUUCUUUUGUCAUUUGCACACUUAAAAAGCAUUUUAUGAGCAAAAAAAGAAGACAUAAUAUGUGUACAGGACGAUAAGUGCCUUCAUCAUUAAAAAAGUGGGUCAAGUUUAACCAAGUGUUGGUAAAUAGUAACAAGAUAUAUGGAGCAAUAGAAUUGUAUGCUUUGAUAGCCAGUCUUGUUUUCGUUUGAGAAAAAUAUUAUGUGAACUUUUGAUAAAGUCCCUGUGCAGUUUUACUCAACAGAAUGAUAUGUUCGACUUUGAAGAAGCAGCUCCCGAGAGGUGGCCAUAGCUUGGAGCCGUUUUAAUAUUGUAUACUUACUAUGAGACUAUUUUGUACAAAGUCGAUGUGUUGAGGAGAUACAGAUCUAAUCACUAGAUAGUGUUUCCAAUGUUCAUGUAUUCUGUGUCAUGUUUAUUUAAGUAUUCUGAUAGACAAUGUUUCCACUGCUCCGAAUGAAAGCACUAUAUGUUCAUUAAAUAUUAUCCUCUUUUUUUCAGAAUGACAAUUUCCCGAAAUAGACUUUUAGUGGGAAUUUUCCACUUUAUAUGGCGAUUGUCGGACAUGUUUAAAUACUUUCUUUGAAUGUUAUACACUGGAAGUGUUUUGGAAAAUGGUUUACAAAGUCAAAGGUUUUUUGAUAAUUUUUAUUUUUAAUCAAAAGUUUCUUAGGAGAAAUUUUUAUGCUGAUUGAUUAUAGAUGCCAAAAAUUAUAACAAUAAUUUAAUUCUAUUAUUUAUAUAGUGUUUACAAUAUAUGGGAUUUAUAAGGGGAGGUAAAAAGAAUGUCCCCCCUCUAAGCAAGGGAGGUGAAAGGAAUGGCUUGUUAGUCUGAAUGUCAUUGACUGGUUUUGAGGAAGAAAACCAGUCAUUUGUUGUUUAUGAGUGACGCUUGUUUGUACAGUGGCUUUGUAUAUGGAUAUAUCUAUCAAUAAUGACAGUGUGCUACCAAACAUAGACUAUAGACCUUGUAGACAAUCUAGAUAUUGUCUCAAGUCAAUGUAAACUUACAAAGAAUUAUUUAAACAUUGAAAGGGGUGUCUUUUAGUUUUGAAAUUGUCACUUUAAUUUCCAAUGUUUAGCAUAUGUCAUUGUAAGGCACAGGUGAAGAGCUUGAAAUAGAUUUUUAAUGUUAUAUUCCACCCCUUUUUGUUGUUCUGAAUGUAAGUGACUCACAUGGAACAUGUACGUCUUGUUUAGAACAUGUGUAUAUUUCACACUACCAUGUAAGGUUGCUCUUUGUACACCAGAAUUGCCAGAUCAUAAAUCAAAUAAAAUUGUUCAGGGUAAAUUUGCUGUACGUGAUGGCAACAAGUGUACGGAGGUGAUAUGCUGGCUUGGAUUGUCAUGAUGUUAAUUAGAUCCUACACAAUGGUCGUAACCCUCUCAGAUCUUGUCUCGAUCUUGAAUGUACUACCAGAUUAUUUGUCUCUCUCUCUUAAACUGCCUUCUUGUAUUCAACCCUUUUGGAAAUAUAUUUAAUUAUGUCUACCGUCGGUGGAUGACGAAUUCUUUGUUUAUAUAUUCUUUAAUGUUUUAAGAGGAGUGUUUUUGCCCCUCAUUUAACAAAGGAUAUAGGUCACCAUAUAGGACCAGAAACUCAUCAGUUGUCUCCCCUUUCUUCAGACCAAAUUUGAAGUUUACAGCUAUCAAAGUGCAUACGAGUGCCACCUUAUAAUUGAAAAAUGGGAGAUUAACACCUUACGGAUUCUGUUUUGUUGAGGUUCUGACUAGCAUCCUGACAACUUGCUAUAGCAUUAACCCUUUAUGUAUUAAGACUAUUGCUGUCAAAAGAGACAGGUCUCCACAUUGUCUUUUUUAUGCCAUGUUGUUAGGAGACAUGCUUUAGUUGGUCUAAUUUUCUAUCAUAACAACAGGACACCAAUAGCCCACCAUUCAAGUGCAGUCAUGUAUAUGAACCAUUUGGAAUAAACAAAUUAUUUAUGAUUA